AUUUCUAUAACAAUUGUUUUUAGUCAGUGAUGCAUACUUAGUUAUAUAACUAGAAUGUUCUACAUAGAUGUCAUCAAUGUUUUAUUACACUGUUUGUUAAAGGAGGCUCUGAUUCAAUCUUCAUUUUCGUUCGCUAUUUAAAUGUGUUUAUGUAACAAAACUUAUAUGGAUGAAAGAUUGAUGUAACAAUAAGGUAGCGACAUGGGGUCUUUCUGGAGCUCAGACAAGAAAACUAAUGGUUUUAAGUUGAUGAGAUUAAUUGUUGAUGUUGGUGGAGAAGCUUUAAGAAUAACAUUAAGGAAACAACUGUCAGGUAGCGACAUGGGGUCUUUCUGGAGCUCAGACAAGAAAACUAAUGGUUUAAAGUUGAUGAGAUUGAUUGUUGAUGUUGGUGGAGAAGCUUUAAGAAUAACAUUGAGGAAACAACUGUCAGCGAUGCAAGUUAGUCGUAAUUUUCCUGCUUACAAACAACUUCUUGUGAAAAAACUUUCAGGUCAACUCUCUGAGCCUUUGAAUAACAUGAAUGUGGAAGGAUUAUUUUCCCUUCUUUUUACUGAGUUAUGUGUUACAAUUUCGGGGUUGCCUAAGCGAAUUCUAGUUGUGUUGGAUGCUCUUGAUGAAUGUGGUUAUCCAGAAAGGGAUGACCUUACUUAUUUGCUUGCUAAUCACUUACACAAACUUCCGCCUUGUUUUCGUUUUGUUGUUACAACAAGACCUAACGAAGUUGCUUUAAAUAAGUUCGAAAAAUUAAAUCCACUGUUCAUUAAUUGUAGCGAUGAUCGCAAUUUAGAGGAUAUUAAAUUUUUGAUGGAACAAAGAAUUGGCGCUACUGACAGCCUUCUUGAUGUUAGAAAUAUUUUGGUAGAAAAAGUUGACGGACUUAUGUUACUUGCAUCGCUUCUUACCAGUGAAGUCAAAAGUCAGGAUUUGUUGAAUGCGUCCAUACCAAAAGAUCUCAAUGAAUAUUACGAAAUUUGCUUAACACGAUUAAGUAAGGAAUUAGAUUCGUUUGAUAUCAGUAACGAAAUGUUUCAGUCAAUUUUAAAUGCUCUGGCUGUUGCUAAAGAACCUCUUCCUUGGAAAAUGAUCAAUGACGUUCUUUGUUUGAAUUCGAGUCGCGAAUCACUUAGGGUUAGAAAAAUUAUCUCUUGUCUGUUUGUUACCAAUGAAGAGGGAUGUGUUUCGUUUUUUCACAAAUCCUUAUAUGAUUGGUUGUUGGAUGAUCGAGAACAUAAUUACUCAGUAAAAACUUCUUGUGGUCAUCGACUUGUUUUAGAAUUUUGUUUAAAAUCUUUGGAUAACCUCAAAGCUGAAGGUGUAAACUAUGACGUCAUCAAACAUGUGUCAGUGAGGUACUCAGUCAAGUAUUGGUUGCUUCAUUUACUUGAUAUUUCUGAUAAUGAUUAUAUCGUUGAAAAUGUUUGUAAAUAUCUUGUUGACUUAGAAGUUUUAGUUGCUUCUGUGUUGGUUGACUCUCGUCGUACUUUUAAAAAUUUUAAAUUAUUCAACGCACAUGAUGUGUACUUUCUUAUUUCUGAGGACAUUCGAUUGUUAUUUAAUGAAGUUUAUUCUGUAAUGACGUACUCUUCUUUCUCUGACAAUGAAGUAAAAUUUUUGCAGUACGUUGCCAACGUAGUCAAAGAUCUUUCGUCUCAAGCCACCACAAUGCUUCAAACACGUUUUGAAGAUUCACCAUAUCUAGAGUACAGAGAUACGGGUUUUGUAAAGGCUCGAUUAUUACGUUUACGUAAAGACUUGAUCUCUGUUGAUGUUUCACGAAAUCAUGAUUACGUCGUCUGUGGUUAUGAAGGAUUCAUCGUGCAACUUUUUUCAUUGAGAACAAACAGAUGUUUAUGGAUAAAAAAGAUUGCUGGUCAGUUUGAGCUAUUUAAAAAGGUGGAAUUUUGCGUUGUUUUUUAUCCAUUCAAAGAUUUGAUUUUUGCUUCUCAGCUUGAUAAGAUACUAGAUAUUAAUGGUAAAAUUUCCUCCAGUCCGUUCCAUUGUGAUGAUUCUACUUCUAAGUUCUUUACCAACAAAUGUUUUUCUAAGGAUAAGUACACAAUGGUCACUAGUUACAAAGAUACUUUGACAGUAUGGGACGUUGAGAAAGGUGAGAAGCAACGCAGUAUUAGAUUUAAUAAUGUGACCUCACUGUGUUUUUCUAAUUCUGGAAAAUAUUUGUGUGUUAUUGAGGAAAGAAAAGUGAUUCAAAUAUUUGAUGUAGCGAGUAAUUAUGAAACAUUCGUUUACGACGAUCAUAUACCGUCUUCGUUUUUAAUUGUGUUUGCUGUUUUGUUCCCUGUUGGUCUUCAUUCUUGGUGUUGUUGUUGGCAUCCUCUCAUUGCGAAGAGACAUUUUAUUGUAAAUCCCUCUGCUGAGUUCAACAAACUGCUUAACAACUACGCCAUCGACAUCACAUGCGUACAAGAGGAUCGUUUCGUGCAUGCUGACAACGAUCCUGACAUAGUUAUUCGUAACAUAGGAUUAUCUGUUCUGUUUACAUCGACAGCCAGCCGCAGCUCUAUUGGAGCCUCAAUACAUGGUGUUGGUAUAGCAAUAAAUGCAAAGCUAGUGCCAUUUCUUGAAUCAGUCGAUAAACAUGACAAUCGCACCAUCUCUUCUAUAUUGAAAGGCAAUCCUAAAACUAUCGUUGUUGCUUGCUACUCACCUCACAACGUUCUUGAUGAACCCAUCGUUUCUGACUUUUACCAAAAACUGAGUCAAGUUAUUGAAGAUGUGCUAUCUCACUCCAUGUUAUUUGUCGGAGGAGACAUGAACGCUCAAGUCGACACAGGUGUCUCAUACCAUUCAUCAUCAAAUCUUAAUGGUUUCCUACUCUUUCAUUUCAUCCAACAACAUAACCUUCUUAUCGGUAACACUUUGUUUCAGAAAAAGCAAAGCCAGCUCUGGAGCAACAGAUCGCCAUCAGGGUCACUUUCACAAAUUGACUUGUACUGUACCGCAAACGGUGGAGAAACAGCAUUAGUGAGUGUCGUGCCUUCUUGUAAUCUAAUCAUGUUGUAA